GCGAUGGUGGCGGUGCUAGACGGCUCUGAUAUCGCCGCCACUCCCCCUGCCCUGGCGUCAGCACGGUUGCGGUCACCCACUGCGUCAGCCGACAGGGUUAAAACAAGGCCAGCAGCCGUGACUGUGCACAGAGGCCAACAACGCCCCGAGCGGAAACAAUGCCACCUGUCACCAAGCAAAAUGGACGCAGACGGAGCAGCAGCAGGCCUGCGUAAGGUUGCGGCAUCUCGGACUGGAGCAGAACCGCGGACGCUGCCAUCGCUGCCAAGGACCCUGCAGAAGAGUCGGCGACCGGUUCGGAGCAGGCACAUGUCAUCUGGCCAACUCGUCACGUUACUGACAGUCCUGGUCACGGUAUGGUUGUCAAUAAUGUCAUCCAGCCUAGCCACUGACGUCAUGCCUACGCCCAGCAGCAGCAGCUCCGCCACGGGUGCGAGCGGUGACGGCGCCGCCAGCACUAGCAAUGUCCAGGAUCAAGAGCAGCAGCAGUGCUCCUCGUCGUCGCCGGGGGAGACAGACUCAAGUCACGUGACCGUGAACGCCAGCGAGCUGGGCUGGGAGUGUCAGACGUGCUGCACAUCGCUGCGCAUGCCCGACACGCCGCCCGACAUGAGCCCCGGCUGCGAGUUUAAAUACGAGUGUGCCGAGCCGGACUGCAGUCGAAUACCCAGCGUGUACUACGAAGCGCGGCUGGUCUCGGGCAACGGCAGGUGCGCUGUGAACAACACGUUCGGCUCGUGCCGUCCGCAGGAGUACUACAUUAUCGGACAGAAGCUGAAGCGCAAUAGACGCACGGGCCUGGUGCGCCUCAAGUCCGUUCAAAUACCAGUGGUGGUUGGGUACACGUGCAAACUGGAUUGAGCUACAUCGCUAGAACCAUACUUUUGUAAUUUUUAAAAUUAUUAGGAUGCUUUGCCUUACAGCAGGGCCGGGUGACAUUGAAAUCACCAUGGCAACUGGAAUUCGCCUAGCAGCCAGGUAACCACUCAAAUUAUCACCACGGUAACUUUAAUUCGCCUCGCGGCCACGUAAUCGUUCAAAUUUUCACCGUGGCAACAAGACAUUCUUUGCCCGGGCAAGCAGACACAAUGCGGCACCAGGGAGUACUGGUGUGGAUGAUAUUCUAUUGGAAAUCUUGUGCACUAUGCUAGGAGUGUCACUGGUCCCAUGCUCUUGAAAGCAUGUGCACUUUAGGAUUUUGGCAAAGCACUUUUUGGAUUACUUGAUUGCUAAAUGCACACACAUCCUCACAAGACUCUCUGAACUCCACUAUUUAAAUCUAAAAUAUACUUCAGUAGUACUGCAGAUGAUGGUGAGCCAAGGAACACAUUUGUAACAUGGAA